ACUCACUCCUUUCCUUUUUCACUCUCGCCUGGCUGUCUUUCCCUUAACUUUCCCUCUCCCACUCCCACUUCGCUCUCACAUCUGGAGGGUAUCUGGAGUGGCUGUGUGACUCCAAGCCUACUAUGGGACAGCCUGUGUUUGAACUGGAAGUCAGACUUCAGAGAGAUGGCCUUUCUCAAGCAUUCCAUCCUGCACGCCCUGAGUGUGCUGCUCUUGGCCUGGGUGUUGGUGCAGUGCCAGGCCUCUGUUGAACCAGAGGAAGAGGAGGAGGAAGAGCCAACAGAGGAAACAGAAACUGCAACAGAGGUGACGAAAUCUGAGCCGGAAAUCUGUCCGCAGGAUUGCAGCUGUACAGCAGAGAGGGUAGUGGACUGCCCCGGAGUCAACCUCAUCGAGUUCCCCGCUAAGCUCUCGGAACAAACCCGCCAGCUCUCUCUACAGAACAACAAGAUCGAGGAGAUAACGGUCGAGCAUAUUUCCCAUCUGCAUCAGCUUGAGACUCUUAAUCUUCAGAAUAACUGGCUCACCUCAGAUGGCCUUGAAGAUGAAGGGUUUGAGAUGCUCGAACAACUGGCUUAUUUAUACUUGGCAAAUAACAAGCUCACCUUAGCACCAAAGGUCCUGCCCCCCUCUUUGGUCAGUGCUGAUUUCGCUGCUAAUCAGCUUACAAGGAUCUUUCCAUAUACAUUUGGUCAUAAGCCAAAACUGAGGUCUGUGUAUCUCCAUAACAACAAGCUGACUGAUGCAGGUCUCCCUGAACAUAUGUUCAAUGCUUCUGACAACCUGGAGAUCCUAACCAUGUCUAGCAACUUCUUGAGGGUUGUUCCCAAGAACCUGCCUCCGACUCUUUACCGUCUUCAUCUGAAGAGAAACAAGCUGGAGAAAAUCCCAGCAGGAGCUUUUGACAGCUUGCCCAAUCUCAGAGAAUUAUAUCUUCAGAACAACCUUCUCAGCAAUGAGGGCAUGGACAAUGAGACUUUCAGCCAACUCAGCAGCCUUGAGUGUUUGGAUUUGUCAAAUAACAACCUCAGCGUUGUCCCAAAGGGUCUCCCUCGCAGUCUUGUGCUGCUACACUUGGAGAAGAACGACAUCCGCAGUAUCCCUGGAGAUGCUCUAACGUCAGCCCGAAAUCUUGAAUACCUGCUCCUCCACAAUAACAAACUUCGUUCCCGUUCUAUCCACCCAGCUGCCUUCCAGGGCUUGAAAAAGCUGCACACUCUUCACAUGCACAACAAUUUGCUGGAGCGUGUUCCCAGAGGCUUGCCUCGGCGAGCAAAGACCUUAAUGCUGCUCCAUAACUCUAUUUCUGAAAUUGGCCGCAACGACUUAACCUUGUUGUACACGCUGAUAGAACUCAACCUCAGCUACAAUAAGCUUACCAGCCCCAAGAUGCAACGUGAGGCUUUUAGGAAGCUACGUCUGCUGGAAACCCUGGACCUGUCGGGGAACAGCCUUACCUCAAUGCCCAGGGGCCUUCCUCGCAGUCUGCACGUGCUCGAAAUCAAGAACAACCUGAUCAACUCUAUACCAGAUGGUACGCUGACAAAGAUGGAGAAGUUACGAAAGCUGAUCCUGAGUGAUAACCAGCUGAAACUGAACUCAGUCUACCAGGGAGCCUGGAUGGAGCUCACUGCGCUCACAACGCUGGACCUGUCUGGUAACCUAAUGACACACAUCCCCGCUGACCUACCCGAGUCUCUGGAAUACAUUUACCUGCAAAACAACCGCAUCUCCAGUAUUCAUGGUUCAGCUUUUGAAGGCACUCCCAACAUCAAAGGCAUCUUCCUCCGGUUUAACCCCCUGUCUGUGGACGCCGUAGAUGAGAGUUCCUUCAAAUACCUGUCCAACUUGCAGGUGCUGGACACCGGUGCAGGAAACCCUGACCUCCCCAUUCAAAAAGAGGAGAUCGAAGAGGAGCAAGACUAGACCUGGGUUGAUCGGACUAUAAUUGGACUGCAUUGCAUCAAAGACAGAAAGAGUUUUUAAAUGGGGAAUGUACCUGUGAAUAUUAUUUCCCAGGUUCAUUUUUGUAUCGUGGCAGCGUCACAUAUUUCUGGUGCAGGAAACCGGAUGGGGUUACUGAUGUUUCCAUUUUUUUUGGGCUGGUUAUUAAUGCAUAUCUUUAUAUCUGACCUUUAAUUAUUUUUGUCUUUGAUCAUUUUAUUGUUUCUGUGCAUUACCCUCAAAGAUUUAUUGGCAAAAUCUAAUGUGAACCUUCCCAUGUAAAUGUUUCUGAAUCGAUACAAAGAAUGUAAGCAGAGUGAAAAAUUCUGCUCCCACUGUGUGUGUCUUUCUCUGCUUUCUCAGCCUCUUUUCCUUCAAAGUCGCCUGCCUUGGCUCAUUGCAUUAAAAAAAGAGUGAUUUUACUUACAAUACUGUGAAAACAUUUGAAACAAAAGUGCCAAUAUAAGUAUACGAUUUCCAAUGAAACCAACAAAGCCACAGAAACUGUUGAAUCAAACCUGGCUAAAUAUUCUCAAAAAAGGCUGCAAUUUAAUGUCAUUAUUCUGAACGUAGAGCUUAGUUUUUACAUAAGUAAUUGAAGUUUUAGGAAUAACACAGAAGAUCUAAAACAUUUAAAAAAUCUCAAGCGUUUAUUUUUAAAAUGGUAGAGAAAGCAUGAAUAGCAACAAAAGUAACAAUGGGAAAGCUUUAAAGCUGCAUUUCAUCACCAUAAUAUCAAAUAUAUUUAUUCAUCAGCGUUUGAGUCGUUCACUGGAUUUGCAUUCUGUAAUUGCUUCCUUUUGUUUCUGUCAGAGUUUACCGAUCUGGGAGAGAACACAAAAGCCCCCUGUGGAGUUUUCUGGUAAACAAUCAAAAGUUUACAUUCCAUUUUACAACCGAAAAUGUGUUGAAUGUGUUGCAUUUUAUUUUGCUUCCUCAUAAAACAUUUGCAAAAUCAGUUUUCUGCAAGAAAGCUUCCUCCUCUGAAUCAUCUGGACAUGAUAUAGCCACCUGUUAGAAACUCCAAAGUGAACCACUAAAUGUUAAUGGACAAGAGGCUUACAGGAAACGCUACGUCAGAAUUACUUAAUAGGAAAAAACACUAACACUCUAUGGACUUCUGGUUUCAUAGCAGGGACUUGUGAGAUAAUCUUGAAUGAAUAAUCACUAUCAGUCCCUUUACAGCAAUAUGCUAUAAAGGGACUGAUAGUGUUUUAUAUUUCAGUCAUGACCACUACAGUUAAAGAAGAUGCCAUUUCCAUCUGCGGUAAUUUAUAAGAAGCAGCUUAGCCCUGGCACAUAAUUCAAAAGCCUUCAGUGACAUCCAGUGUUGGUCAAGU